GAGGAGCCUGAUUCAAGAGCGCGCACCGCACACGUGACUCUCUGCCAUUUUCAUCAUGGGGAGUUAGCGUUACGGAGUAACCGAUAUUAAUGUAAUUUUGUGAAUUCCCUGUAUUACAUAAACCACAGUCGGCCGUUUUAAAAGGAUUUGUUUUUGGACGUCAUGCGGCGGAGUAAGGUUGAAGUGGACCGUUACGUUUCCUCAGUACAGAGUUCCUCUCCCUCACUCAAAGAGAAGCCAAUCAAAGGGUUUUUAUUUGCUAAAUUGUACUAUGAAGCAAAGGAAUAUGAACUUGCAAAAAGACAUGUAUCGGAGUAUCUUAAAGUCCAGGAGAGGGAUCCGAAAGCACACAAAUUCCUUGGACAGCUCUACGAGAGAGAGGGAGACGUCAACAAGGCAGUAGGAUGUUACAAGCGGUCCGUGGACUUGAACUCAGCCCAGAGGGACCUGGUGCUGAAGGUGGCCGAGUUACUGGUCAGUAAGCAGGAAUGUGACAGCAGAGCGGAGUUUUGGGUGGAAAAAGCGGCCAAGCUGCUGCCAGGAAACCCUGCAGUCUUCAACCUGAAGGAGCGCUUGUUGAGUCGUCAGGGCCAGCUGGGUUGGAACCGGUUGUUCGACCUCCUCCAGGCCGAGCUUGGAGCAAGACCAGCUGACGCUCACGUGAACGUGAAGCUGGUGCAGCUGUUUUGUCAGGACGGACGGUUGGAUGAAGCUGUUAAGCAUUGCCUGGCAGCUGAGAAAAGGGGCAUGCUGAUCCACAGCCUGGACUGGCACACAGUGGUGGUGCGCACACUGCAGGAGUAUCUAGCUCAGCCCAGCGUCGCUAGCAAUGAGAAGAUGUGUCGGCGUCUCCAGAGAGAGCUGCUGUUGGCCCACUGCAGCCUGCUGAGAAUCACACUGUCUGAGAGCAGCAUGCAGCCCAGCCUUGAUGCGCUCUCAGGUUUUGACCAAGCUAUGCAGGCGCUGAGCUGCACUGCUGGCCACCACGCAGACGAUCUUUGUGAGGCGUUUGUGGAGAUGAGAGGUCACCUCUACCUGAACGCUGCCACACUGCUGUUGAAGCUGGCUCAGGACCGCCAACAGACCUGGAGGGCCAUCGUUGACCUGGCUGCACUUUGCUACCUGCUGGCAUACCAGGUUCCCAGACCAAAGGCUAAAGUCACCAAAAGAGACCAGUCAGCCCCUCAGUUUCUGGAGCUUCUGGCCAACGACCGACAGAGUCAGGCCGGUCACAUGUUGCUGAAUCUGAGCACAGAUUCAUCCACCUUAAUCAGAGAGGUGGUGGAGGCGUUUGCGAACCCUAAAGGUCAGGACUCUCUGUUUGAACUCCUGUUUGGACCACAGGCCUCCACUGGAUCUUCCUUUAUUGCCAAUGAUGACAUUCGUUCCAUUAACACCAUGGCUCCAGAGCUCUCUCAACUCUCCAAAUGCGACACUGGCUCCAUCCUGUUGCAUGCUGGUGACUUGCAACAUCUAAGCUGGUUGGGGCUACAGUGGACCCUACUGGCCCAAAGACCGGCCCUGAGGGACUGGCUACAGCAGCUCUUUCCCAGGCUUACUCUGGAAACCUCCAAGCUGGACACCAACGCGCCAGAGUCCAUCUGCCUGCUCGACCUGGAGGUGUUUUUAUAUGGUGUGGUGUUCUGUAGCCACUGUCAGUUCCAGGAGACGGCGAAGAUCAGCAGCGGAUUGAACCUGCAGCUACAGCAGCAGCUCUACGAGCCUCGCUGCCUCCCCCUCCCCCUCCUCCGGCUCUUGACCACUGACAGGCAGAGGGAGUGGUGGGACGCCAUCUACAGCCUCAUUCACAAACAAGCAGUUCCUGGCAUGUCAGCCAAACUGCGGAUGAUUGUGCAGCAUGGACUGAGCACUCUGAGGGCCGGAGAAAAACACGGGCUCCAACCAGCACUGGCCAUCAACUGGGCGCAGUGUCUCAGCCAGACGGGUGAUGGAGUGAGCUCGUACUACGACCAGAAGGAGUAUGUCAGCCGCAGUGUCCACUACUGGAAAGUUGUACUUCCACUGUUGGAAAAGGUCACCAACAGGCGUAGUAUACCGGAACCACUUGACCCCCUCUUCAUACACUUUCCCUCCAAAGAUAUUCAGAUUUCUUCUGUGAAGGGCUAUGAAGAGGAAGCCAAGAUAGCAUAUGCGGCUCUCCUUGACAUUGAAGGCAAAACGGAGGACGCCAUCGCUACCUUGGAAACCAUCAACAACAUGUCAUCCAUCUGGCAUUUGGCACAGAUCUACCAGCGGCUAUCAGAGGAGGCCAGCAAUGGGGUUGAGGAGACCCAAGACAGGUGCAUCUCUUAUCUGAGAAAGUUUAGGACCUACCUGUCCAAGAUCUACAAUGCGAAUGCAGACGACAUUGAGAGGCUGCCUGUCUCCAUGGAGGAAGUUGUGGACCUCCUGAAUGAUGUAAACCAGCAGCUGGGCGAGAGUGUGGAGGCUAUGGAUGAAGAGGAGAAGGAGGAAGAGGGACGAAGAGGACCAGUCCACUCUAGCCCUGCUCAUCCCACAGAAACCUCCGCCACCAUAUCACACAAAAGCAUCAUCUCUCCUUCCAAAAGACACCUGAUUUCUCCCAAGACAGCACCUCAUUGGGUGGAGGACCAGAAAAGUCUCCUCCAGAUGAUGUGUCAGCAAAUUGAAGCCCUCAAGAAUGAGGUUCAUGAUCUGAGACACAACUCUUCAGGGAACGCAGGCUCCCCUCAUCAUAAGAUGUAUGGGGAGAGUUACGGGGCCGAGGGUCUGCAGGAGCCCUUUACCCCAGUCCAGUCCUACCAUGGCGCCCCCCUAACAGUUGCCACCACAGCCCCCUCUGUGUACUACAACCAGUCUCCAGCUUAUAACUCUCAGUAUCUUCUGCGCACAGCAGCAAAUGUAACCCCCACUAAGACACCGAUGUAUGGUAUGAACCGUAUGCCACCUCAACAGCAUAUGUAUGCCUACCAGCAGCCCACUCAUACUCCUCCACUGCAGACAGCUCCAGCCUGCAUAUACCCUCCUCAAGAACAAGUCUUUGGAGCCCCUCUUCGCUUUGAAUCACCAGCCACAAGCCUUCUUUCCCCAUAUAGUGAAGAAUAUUAUGGGCAGAGUGUAACCCAACCAACCACGAACCCUCCCCUGCCUGAACCUGGCUACUUCACCAAGCCGAUUGUAGUCCCUGUUCAGCCACCAAGGAGCAUUGACGGGAAGCCUAUGGACUUUGGGAAGCUCUCCUUCAGCCAGCAGGCUCCUGCGGAAGUCCCCAAAGUGCCUAGUUUUGGGGCAGGGACAAUUGCCCAGUCAGAGUCUUCAGCUGCUUUUAAAUUCAACUCCAACUUUAAAUCCAAUGAUGGCGACUUCAGUUUCUCUGCUUCCCAGGCCAAGCACAGUGAAAGUCUGCUUGGUCUUCUUACAUCAGAAAUUCCCACUAAAACAGAUACUGUCCCAGAGAAGCCUCCAGGCCAGGAGCAGCCCCCCAGCCAAACGAGCAUUUUCACCUUUGGCAAUAAAAAUGUUACUGGCUUCUCCUUUGCUGAUUCUGCCCAGAGCACAGACACAGGAAGUCUGUUUGCAAAGGCGGAGCAGCCAUUUAAAUUUGUGGAUGUUACCAAGCCAGUGUUUGGGGUCGCCACGCCUGCACCAGAAGAGGAAAGAGCUGCGGAGAGUGACAAUGACAGCACUCGCGUUGAGGAGGAUGAGGAUGGUCCUCACUUUGAACCCAUUGUACCGCUGCCUGAUAAAGUAGAUGUGAAAACGGGUGAGGAGGAGGAGGAGGAAAUGUUUUGCAACAGAGCAAAGCUGUUUCGAUUUGACACGGACACAAAAGAGUGGAAGGAGCGUGGCAUUGGCAAUGUGAAAAUCCUAAAACACAGUGCUAAAGGGAAGGUCCGCCUCCUAAUGAGAAGGGAACAGGUCCUUAAGAUCUGUGCAAACCACUAUAUCAAUGUCGAUAUGCUACUGAAACCAAAUGCUGGCUCUGACAAAUCCUGGGUCUGGAACGCUAUUGAUUAUGCAGAUGAAGAGCCUAAAACCGAACAGCUUGCCAUCCGCUUCAAAACAGCAGAUGAGGCGUCACUUUUUAAAGCUAAGUUUGAGGAAGCCCAGGAAGUUGUGCUCAAAUCAGCAGAAAAGCAUGAUCAAGAGGAGAAGAAAGAUGAAAGCUUAAAAGUUUCUGGAUCACUGGCAGCCCAGUUUGCUAUUAAAAAUGGAGAAUGGGACUGCUCUAUGUGCUGUGUUAGAAAUAAACCCACAGAUAUGCGGUGUGCUGCUUGUCAAAGUGCUAAUCCCAAUUCUUCAUCCAAGCCAGACAUUCCAGCUGCUGGUGAAACCAAUGCCAGUCCCUUUAGUUUCAAAUUUGGAACUGAUUCCUCAAAACCCAGUAGUUCUGGCUCUACAUUUACUGGAUUUGGUGCUUUUGGAGCAUCUAUCCCCUCCUCAUUUACAUUUGGCACCAGCACCUUUAAACCUGCUGACACAGUAACUAGUGCGUUUGGUUCUGGGUUUGGGGCUCAGUUUGGCAUGAAGCCCGGGCAGUGGAACUGUGAUACAUGCGAAGUAAGAAAUGAGGCCUCUGCAGACAGUUGUGUUUCUUGUAAAUCUGUUAAACCUAAAACAACUGUGACGGCACCAGCUGCAGAUGCACCCUCGACAUCUGCGUUUGGUUCUGGGUUUGGUGCCAAGUUUAGCAAGGUACCCGGGCAGUGGCACUGCGAUGUAUGCGAAGUAAGAAAUGAGGCCUCUGCAGACAGCUGUGUUUCUUGUAAAGCUGUUCAACCAAAAACAACUACGACAGCACCAGCUGCAGAUGCACCCUCUAUAUCUGCGUUUGGUUCUGGGUUUGGUGCCAAGUUUAGCAAGAAGCCUGGGCAGUGGGACUGCAAUAUAUGCGAAGUAAGAAAUGAAGCCACUGCUGACAAUUGUGUGGCCUGUAACACCCCUAACCCUGCUGCUAAAACAACAGCGGUGGCUCCAGGAGCGUCAAUUCUGCCAGCAGUGUCAAGAUUUGAGGCUGAUUUGGCAGAAAAGGAUGGUCAGUGGGACUGCAAUGCCUGCCUAGUGCGAAAUGAUGCAUCAGCUGCUGUAUGUGUUUCCUGCCAUUCCCAACCAGCCACUUCCUCUUUAAAAGAUAUGUUUGCCAUUAGGACUGGGGAAUGGGAUUGUGACAGUUGCCUGGUGAGAAACGAUGCCUCUGCCAUUAAGUGUUUGGCCUGUCAGACACCAAAUCCCAAUGCUAAAAGCACAUCCAGCACUGUUCUCUCGCCCUCCACAUUCAGCUAUACAUUUGGAAAUAAGUGUUCAUCAAGCCAGCCUGCUGGAACUGGAUUUACAAUGCCUUUUCAAACUGGCAGCACUUUUCAGUUUGGUCAAAACAAAGAGAAAAGCUCAGCUGCUUCCUUUAAGUUUGAAGCUCCUCCGCCAGGAUCUAGUACCACAAGUGCUUCAGGCUUCUCUUUCUCAAUGCCCAUUCUUGCUGGUGGCUUCAAGUUUGGCAUUCAGGACUCUGCAGGUGAAACUCCCUCAACUGAUAAUCAAACGCCUCAAUCAGGGUCGGCCUCCAGUUUUCUGAAAAGCAUAGCUGACAAACACAAGGAAAAAGAAAACGUGUCUUUAACCUCAGUGUGCCAAACGGAGCACGAUCAAAAUCCACUAAUUGCUGGAACAACCAGUGCGUUCAGUUUUUCAGACUUGGCGAGUUCAUCAGAAGGAGACUUCAAGUUUGGCCAGAGCGACCCGGAUUUCAGUGGCUUCUCUAGGGCUGGUGAGCAUUUGUUCUCAACCCCCACCAAGCGGCCCCCUACAAACGAGCUGGAAGACGACGACAUGUAUAAAACGGAGGAAAAUGACGACAUCCAGUUUGAACCAGUGGUCCAGAUGCCUGAUAGGGUGGAUCUGGUGACGGGGGAGGAGGAUGAACAGGUUCUCUAUUCUCAGCGUCUCAAACUGUUCAGAUUUGACGUGGACUCCAGUCAGUGGAAAGAACGUGGUGUAGGAAUCCUUAAAUUCUUAAAAAACAAUGCUAAUGGCAGGCUAAGGGUGCUGAUGAGAAGAGAGCAAGUUCUGAAGGUGUGCGCCAACCACUGGAUCAACACCACCAUGAAUCUUAAGCCCCUGGCAGGCUCGGACAAAGCCUGGAGGUGGAUGGCCAGUGACUUCUCUGAUGGAGAUGCUAAACUCGAACAGUUGGCUGCCAAGUUUAAAAGCCCAGAGCUCGCUGCGGAGUUCAAGGAGAAGUUUGAAGAGUGUCAGAGACUUCUCUUGGACAUCCCCCUUCAAACCCCCCACAAGCUUGUUGACACAGGCAGAACAGCACGCCUCAUUCAGAAAGCGGAGGAAAUGAAGUCCGGUUUGAAAGACCUGAAAUCCUUUUUGACGGACGAUAAAACAAAGAUCAAAGAUGAUGAGAGCCUGAGAGACGUUACAACAUCCAGCAAUGUUCCAAACCUUGUAAUCAAGCCUCACGGGGAAACCGCCGGCCCCACCUUGGAGUGGGAUAACUACGACCUCCGAGAAGAGGCUUUAGAGGAUACUGCCGACUCAUCAGUCUAUGCCUCUCCUCUUGCCAGCAGCCCCCCGAGAAAGAACCUUUUUCGCUUUGGAGAGUCCGCCAGUGGCUUCAACUUCAGCUUCCAACCUGGCAUCAGCCCCUCUAAGUCUCCUGCUAAGCUUAACCAGAGCGGAGCCUCAGUGGGUACUGACGACGAGCAGGACGUAUCCCAGGACGAGGAGAGGGAUGGCCAGUACUUUGAGCCCGUGGUCCCCUUGCCUGAUCUGGUGGAGAUUUCCACAGGAGAGGAAAAUGAACAGGUGGUCUUCAGUCACAGGGCCAAACUGUAUCGAUACGAUAAGGAACUGGGUCAGUGGAAGGAGAGGGGCAUCGGAGACCUCAAGGUCUUGCAGAGUUUCAACACCAAACGAGUGAGGUUGAUAAUGAGGAGAGACCAGGUACUUAAGAUCUGCGCCAACCACAGGAUCACAGCAUCCAUGAAGCUGGAACCCAUGAAGGGCGCGGAGAAGGCCUGGGUCUGGAGUGCCUUUGACUUUGCUGAAACAGCAGAGGGUAAUAUUGAGCAGUUGGCUGUGAGGUUCAAGCUGCAGGACACCGCAAAUGCAUUCAAACAGGUUUUUGAAGAGGCCAAGGUUGCCCAAGAAAAAGAGGAACUCAUGACUGAAGUGACACCCAGGGUUGACACACCUCAAGACAGUGGACCUACAGCGUCCGCACAAACUGCUACACCUGUGUGCGGGAAGGCAGCCAUCGCUGUUCUGGAAGAGACCACCAAGGAACGUACCGAGCUUUCCCCCGACAGUGAGCCAUGUGCAGCUGGGCCUCCAAGUCCAGUCAACCCCUCGAAGAUAGUCAUGUCACCCCCUAAGUUUGUCUUUGGCACGCAAAGCCUUCAGAAGUUUUUUGGCUCUCCUAAAUUUCACUCUGAGACUGAGGAAUCUGCAUCGGGUUUGAAAGACAAAGCUGGAAGUUCUGCCAAUGCUUCACCUGCAGCACCUGCAUUCAAAAUCCCAGAGAAAGGGCUGGAUUUUAGGCUUUUCAAAGAUAACCCAAUGGCUUUUUGGACCAGCACAUCAACCACCCAAUUUGAACCCCCAGGGCCCCCUCAGGCGGAAGGAGGCAGUGCCGGGUCACAUGAGGACUCGGAGGUGGAGGUUGUGUAUGUCAGGGAACCCACUGCUGAACAGGCAGCUUUAGCCCAAAAACUGCUGCUGCCUCUCACCUUCUUCUGCUACCAGAAUGAACCUGACUACACCAGCGACGAUCAAACUGAUGACGAGGACUUUGAGUCAGCAGUACAAGCCUUGAAUGGAAAGCUCUACCUGGAUCCUCCUGAGAGAGAGGCAGCAGCAUGUGGUGAUGAGCCAGACUGCCAGGUAGUGUGGGAGAAGAAGCCAACACCGGAGGAAGAAGAAAAGGCCAGAAGGUUCCAGCUUCCACCCACCUUCUUCUGCGGCCUGGGCACCACGGACAGCGACCCGGACCACGACAAGCCUGAAGACUUUGAGACAGAAGUCCGCAAGGCUCAGCAAGACCUGGGCGCCCAGUUAAACCUAGCUGAAAAGGCCUCCAGCAGCCCUGCUGUAGCUCCAGAAGAGCCGACGUCAGGCCUGUCAUCCAGCAGCACUGAAGCUGCAGGCAGCACUGAAGCUGCAGGCAGCACGGAAGCUGCAGGCAGCACUGAAGCUGCAGGCAGUACGGAAGCUGCAGGCAGCACUGAAGCUGCAGGCAGCACUGAAGCUGCAGGCAGCACUGAAGCUGCAGGCAGCACUGAAGCUGCAGGCAGCACUGAAGCUGCAGGCAGCACUGAAGCAGCAGGCAGCACUGAAGCAGCAGGCAGCACAGAAGCUCCCUGCAGCUUCACGUCGACAUCGGAGGAGCAGACCUCAGAUCCGCCAACAGACACUCAGAGUGAAGCUCCGAGCAGCAGCUCGCCCAUUGACCUGUCGACUAAGAAGAGCCCAGAGCCAGAGUCCAACAUUUGGACUGCAGCGACGACUGCUACAGCUAGUCAAGACUCCUCCAACUUUGGCUUCGAGUCGUUAGGUGGCUCCUCUUUUGCUGAUUUGGCCAGUACCACAGAUGCGUUUGCAUUUGGAGCUCAAGACACCGACUUCUCCUGGGCAAACGCUGGAGCGACAGUAUUCAAGGCCGCAGUGACGUCAGCGCCAAAAAAGAACGGUGGGGAGGACGGCAGUGAUGAAGAGGACACUUCUAAUAAUACGGACAUUCACUUUGAGCCAAUUGUGUCACUGCCAGAGGUGGAGACAAAGUCUGGAGAGGAGGAUGAAGAAAUCCUGUUCAAGGAGCGUGCCAAGCUGUACCGCUGGGACCGCGACCUCGGCCAGUGGAAGGAGCGAGGCGUCGGUGACCUCAAGAUCCUCUUCCACCCCACCAAACGUUUCUACCGCAUCCUGAUGAGAAGAGAGCAAGUGCUGAGGGUUUGUGCCAACCACACCAUCACACAGGCGAUGGAACUCAAACCCAUGAACGCCUCCGCUAACGCGCUGGUCUGGACGGCCACCGACCACUCAGAUGGCGACGGCGCAGUGGAGCAGCUGGCGGCCAAGUUCAAAACCCCUGAAAUAGGCGAAUCCUUCAAGAAGAUCUUCUUCGAGUGUCAGAGCCGCACAGGCCAAACUGAAGGCGAUGCCUCAGGUGUCUUCUCACCGCAGAUGUCCAGAGUUCAAGAGCACUCCAGAGACACGAACCCCCAGGUGUUCCUGGAAGUGGCAGGCGACGGCCAACCACUGGGCACAAUCACCAUCGAGCUUUUCUCCCAUAUUGUCCCCAAGACAGCGGAGAACUUCAGGGCUCUCUGUACCGGCGAGAAAGGCUUCGGGCUUCGAGACUCCAUCUUCCACAGAGUCAUACCGGCCUUCAUGUGUCAGGCUGGUGACAUCACCAACAAUAACGGCACAGGAGGAAAGUCCAUCUACGGCAGCAAGUUUGAGGACGAGAACUUCGAUGUUCGGCACACAGGCCCUGGAAUUCUGUCAAUGGCAAAUGCGGGCGCUGACACCAACAACUCACAGUUCUUCAUCACUCUGAAGAAAGCCGAACACCUGGACUUCAAACACGUGGCUUUCGGCUGGGUUAAGGGUGGCAUGGAUGUUGUGCAGCAAAUGGGAGAGCUGGGCACAAAGGGAGGCACGCCUGCAAAGAAGCUCGUCAUCACAGACUGUGGACAGCUGUAGCUUUUUAAAUGUUGAGAUCAAGAUUUACAGCUUGGUUUAGGCUAUAACGUUAUGAUGAUGUGGACCCUCCUGCUAAAACUAAAUACAUGGUCAUUAGGAAUCUGAGAAUUAAACACCGAUCACAGGACUUCUAAACGAGAUCCUUCAUCACAGAAACUUGGCUCCGGUAGCCUAGAAUUGGAAAUGAUUUUGCUAUCCUUUAACACAAUCACAUAUGGGUAACAUGGUGUAGUAUGUGGGAGAAGGUCUUAGUCGCACUAGCAUCUUCAUCAUCGUCUGUCAAUAAAUCUAAUUUGUUUAUUUUGUGUGUAUAAUAAUUGUACAUGGAUUACUUUUUUAAUGUUUUUUUGGUGUUAUUUUGUCUUGCAUGUGCUCAGUCCUCUUCAUAAGCUCCACGUGGGUAUUUGUUCCCUUUUUGAGGAAGUCUUAACUAUAAUUGAAAUAUGAGGUUCUUUGACUGCACAUCUUGGUUUGUAACAGUGUACUUUUUACUGUAGGGCUCCCCUAGUGAUUCUUCUUUGUAAGUGGAUUUCACAAUGUGCAGAUAGUUGGACUUGCUCACAUAAACUUGAGUCAUCUUACUGUGGCCCUGUGGACGGAGGGUGGCUCGAUGAUGACAUUACGCCUGGUUUGGAUUUUACAAAGGCAAUCCAUUAUAGUUUGAGAAAAUCACAAAGUUCAAAUGGUGCUUGGUGUACCAAAAUAAUAUGAUAUUAAAGGAGAAAUAAAGUUGCUUUACAACUAA